AGGCAGCAGACACUAUUUGAGCCCGGACCAUCGGAUCGCUAUAGAGAACCGCUCCAGUGUCGUCAAUGGGAAGCGCGAGAGACGGUGGCAGCAGCGCGCGUUACGCUCCAGACUGAAAGCCGCAGCCGCACCAUGCUCUCCAGCUCCAGCCCCAGCGUGUGGAUGACUCCGCUGCUCCUGGUGAGCUGCCUGGCCGCCAGCGGGGGGGCGCAGAGCGCCAAGGAAGUGAUUCUCCUGGACUCCAAGGCGCAGCAGACAGAGCUGGAGUGGAUCUCCUAUCCUCCCAAUGGGUGGGAAGAGAUCAGCGGCCUGGAUGAGAACUACACACCCAUCCGCACCUACCAGGUGUGUAAAGUCAUGGAGCCCAAUCAGAACAACUGGCUGCGGACUAACUGGAUAGAGAAGGGCGAUGCCCAGAGAAUUUUUGUCGAGCUGAAAUUCACCCUGAGGGAUUGUAACAGCCUGCCUGGUGUGGUGGGCGCCUGCAAGGAGACCUUCAACCUGUAUUACCAGGAGACGGACUCAGAGGUCGGCCGGGGCCUGAGGGAGAAUCAGUACGUGAAAAUCGACACGAUCGCGGCAGACGAGAGCUUCACCCAGGGCGACCUGGGCGAGAGAAAGAUGAAGCUGAACACAGAGGUGCGUAUAAUCGGGCCGCUGUCCAGACGGGGCUUCUACCUGGCCUUCCAGGACGUGGGGGCCUGCAUCGCCCUGGUCUCCGUCAAAGUCUACUACAAGAAGUGCUGGUCGAUCAUCGAGAACCUGGCCACCUUCCCCGACACGGUGACGGGAUCCGAGUUUUCUUCGCUGGUGGAGGUGGAGGGCAGGUGUGUGAAUGACGCCGAGGAGGAGGCCGACAACUCCCCCAAGAUGCACUGCAGUGCUGAAGGAGAGUGGCUCGUGCCCAUUGGGAAAUGUAUAUGCAAAGCUGGAUUUCAUCAGAAAGGAGACGCUUGUGAACCGUGCGGUCGUGGUUUCUACAAGUCGUCCUCUCAGGACCUCCAGUGCUCUCGCUGUCCGGCGCACAGCUUCAACGACCGCGAGGGCUCAUGGCGCUGUGACUGUGAGGACGGCUACUACCGAGCGCUCUCCGACCUGCCAUCUGUAGCCUGCACAAGACCUCCCUCGGCGCCACAGAACCUGGUCUACAACAUCAACCAGACCACCGUUAAUCUAGAGUGGAGCCCGCCGGCCGACGCUGGCGGGCGGAAUGAUGUCACCUACAGGGUGAUAUGCCGAAGCUGCCGCUGGGAGUCUGAGGAAUGCGAACCAUGCGGUCCGAACGUGGGAUACUCUCCUGCACAGUCGGGAUUAGUGGACACUUAUGUAAGCGUCACGGACCUCCUCGCUCACGCCAACUACACCUUCGAGGUGGAAGCUGUCAACGGAGUGUCUGACCUGAGCCGGACGCAGAGGCUGUUUGCGGCGGUCAGCAUCGCUACCGGUCAAGCAGCUCCGUCGCAGGUCAGCGAGGUCAUCAAGGAGAAGGUGCAGCAGCGCAGCGUCCAGCUCUCCUGGCAGGAGCCGCAGCAACCCAACGGCGUCAUCACGGAGUAUCAAAUCAAGUACUAUGAAAAAGAUCAGAAGGACUCGAUCUCCUCCACAGUGAGGUCCAAGUCUACCUCUGUUACCGUCAACAACCUGAAACCGGACACGGCUUAUGUGUUCCAGAUUAGGGCCAUCACAGAGGCGGGAUACGGAACCUUUGGACCCAGACUGGAGAUAACCACCAGAAAAGAUGGCGCCAAUACUGCGAUUGUCUCCAGCGAGCAGAACCCCGUCAUCAUCAUAGCCGUGGUGGCCGUGGCGGGGACCAUCAUCCUGGUGUUCAUGGUGUUCGGCUUCAUCAUCGGGAGAAGGUACGCUCUCGCGGGCCCCAUUGACUCUCCGCUCCUGCACUGCGGGUACAGCAAAGCCGAUCAGGAGGGGGAUGAGGAGCUCUACUUUCAGUUUAAAUUUCCAGGCACCAAAACCUACAUUGACCCCGAAACCUACGAGGACCCAAACAGGGCUGUCCAUCAAUUUGCCAAGGAGUUGGAUGCCUCCUGCAUAAAAAUCGAGCGUGUUAUUGGAGCAGGAGAGUUCGGGGAGGUGUGCAGCGGUCGACUGAAGCUGCCUGGGAAGCGGGACGUGUCGGUCGCCAUAAAGACGCUGAAAGUGGGCUACACCGAGAAGCAGAGGCGGGAUUUCCUGUGCGAGGCCAGCAUCAUGGGACAGUUUGAUCAUCCCAACGUGGUCCACCUGGAGGGGGUGGUGACCAGAGGAAAACCGGUGAUGAUUGUCAUCGAGUACAUGGAGAACGGCUCAUUAGAUGCUUUCCUCAGGAAACACGACGGUCAGUUCACAGUCAUCCAGUUGGUGGGGAUGCUGCGGGGCAUUGCAGCAGGAAUGAGAUAUCUGGCUGAUAUGGGCUACGUCCACCGAGACCUGGCUGCGCGGAACAUCCUCGUCAACAGCAAUCUCGUAUGUAAAGUCUCAGACUUCGGCCUGUCAAGGGUGAUAGAGGACGAUCCCGAGGCUGUCUACACAACAACUGGUGGGAAGAUUCCUGUCCGAUGGACGGCACCAGAGGCCAUCCAGUACCGUAAAUUCACCUCCGCCAGUGAUGUGUGGAGUUAUGGCAUCGUCAUGUGGGAGGUCAUGUCCUACGGGGAGCGGCCCUACUGGGACAUGUCCAAUCAAGACGUGAGUAACUACAGACAGUAAACAGCGGGCCAUGAA